AUGCGACGUUCUCAACGACUUAGCUCUUCCGGUAACAGGAGUCGUUAUUUCGACAAUGACGUCGAUGAUUCCGAAGGCUCGGUGGCCCCACUGAAGACCGCGUAUCAGAGAGUCAAGCCGAAAGCUAAAACUGUACGCGAAGGCUCACGGUCUAGUGACGUCCAGCUCGGCGAUGCAGACAUAGAUACUAGUUAUGAUGAGAAUAGCUUUGGAUCACAUCCCGCCCUGCCAAGGAAGAGGGGCCGUCCUGUAAAGGUCAAUCCCAACAAGAGGCCGGCCGAUAAUCAUGACGUCGAGGUCGAUUUGUCUCGGAAGAGGGGCCGUCCUGUAAAGGUCAAUCCCAACAAGAGGCCGGCCGAUAAUCAUGACGUCGAGGUCGAUUUGUCUCGGAAGAGGGGCAGAGGUCGUCCUGCGAGAGUGACUGAUAUUGCUGUAGCAGGGUCUGGUUCAAGGCGAGUCCCCACAACCAAGACUGUACCAGAAGACGACAACGACGAAGCAGACGAGAAUGACAGCGAUGGCGAGUCUCCUCAGGUUGAGUUCAUUCCCCUACCAAAACUACGUGAAACUGGCGGAAUCGACUAUGAGCCGCAAAUCGUCCACCCCAACACGAUGGUAUUCCUGCAGGAUCUCAAAGAAAACAAUAAGAGGUCAUGGUUAAAGAUGCGCGAUCCCGAAUUUCGGCGAUCAUUGAAGGAUUGGGAGUCGUUUGUCGAGACCCUUACCGACAAGAUAAUAGAGUCGGAUGAGACGAUUCCUGAGCUCCCCUUGAAAGAUGUCAUAUUCCGUAUCUACCGGGAUAUUCGCUUCAGUAAAGACCCAACGCCUUAUAAGCCGCACUAUUCCGCAGCAUGGUCACGCACUGGGAGGAAAGGCCCAUACGCUUGUUACUAUGUUCAUUGCGAGCCUGGCAGCUGCUUCGUAGGAGGUGGCCUCUGGCAUCCUGACAAGGACGCUUUGGCAAAGCUACGAGCCAACAUCGAUGAACGCCCCCACAGACUACGACGUGUCCUCAUGAACCCCAACUUUCGUAGGGCAUUUCUACCCAAAGCAAACAACAAUGAGGCCGCGGUCAUUGCGGCCUUUUGUCAAUCCAAUCAGGAGAACGCACUGAAGACUAGACCACAGGCUAAUCGUGACAUGCAGGGCUUUCAUCCUGAGCAUCGAGAUAUCGAGCUAUUGAAACUACGCAAUUAUACCGUCGGGCAGAAGAUCAAAGAUUCUGACCUGACAAGCUCCAACGCGCAAGAUAAGAUUAUGGCGAUCAUUGAUCCCAUGGUUGAAUAUGUCACAUUCCUAAACUCAGUCGUUAUGCCCGAUCCUAACUUCGAUUCGGAUUCCGAUCAAGACGACUAA